AUGGACAUCGACCUCUCCUACUCUAGCGCGUAUCAUCCACAAGGAAACGGUCUUGUGGAACGGGUGAAUCAAGCGCUGGAGUCAUACCUGCGAGCGUACGUCGGUGAAGCCGAGGAUUGGUCAAGACUCCUCUGGCUGUGCGAGUUCACGUACAACAACACGGUGCACGCGGCGAUCCAGUGCAGUCCGUUCAUGGCCAUGUACGGUUUCCAGCCGGAAAUGGAUGAGAUUAACUUCAAGUCGCCGAAGGCACCUCAAACGGCAGCUGAUCGCGUGGAGGAACUCAAGGCACUGCGUUUCUCGUUGAGAGCGAAUAUUCACCGAGCAAACAUGUCCGCAGCCAAGUUCUAUGAUCGACACCACAAGGCAGCACCUCCGAUCACGGUGGGCAGCCUAGUCACAGUUCUGCGUCGCAGUCAGACGGCCGAACAACCGUAUGCCAAGUUGGCGUACGUACGCGAUGGUCCCUUCAAGGUCGUGAAGCAGAUCAAUGAGCGUGCCUUUGAGCUGGAUCUAGGUGAAGCAUCCAGCAAGUCCCGCACCUUCCAUGUAUCUGUCUUGGA